AUGUACUCGGGUUUGGCCAUUGUUGGAGCUGGAGGCAUGGGGAAGUCCACCUCAGCACAACUUGUUUACAAUGACAAGAGGGUAAAGGAAUGUUUUGAUGUGAGAAUGUGGGUAAGCAUCUCACACAAACUUGAUGUCCGCCGUCAUAAACGAGAGAUCAUUGAGUCUGCCUCUCAGGGGGAAUGUCCACGCAUUGAUAACCUUGAUACUCCACAACGCAAGUUGGCAGACAUACUUCAAGAAUCAAAGGAAUUCCUGCAUGUACUGGACGAUGUUUGGUUUGAACCUGGUACUGUAAGGGAGUGGGACCAACUGUUAGCUCCUCUAGUUUCCCAACAUAUGGGAAGCAGAGUUUUGGUAACUUCUAGACGGGAUACAUUUCCAACCGCUCUUUGCUGUGAAGAAGUGUGUCCCCCAGAAAACAUGGAAGAUGCUCAGUUCUUGGCACUCUUCAAACACCACGCAUUCUCUGGACAAGAAAUCAGAGAUCUGCAGCUGCGUGAAAGGCUCGAAAAUUAUGCAGAGAAGAUUGCUAAAAGGCUUGGGCAAUCUUCUUUGGCGGCAAAAGUUGUGGGUUCCCAGUUGAAAGGGAAAACAAAUAUCACUGCUUGGAAGGAUUCUCUAAAUAUGAAGAUUGACAAAUUAAGUGAGCCCAUGAGAGCUCUGUUGUGGAGUUAUAAGAAGUUAGAUCCAUGUUUGCAGAGGUGCUUCCUAUAUUGCAGCUUGUUUCCAAAAGGCCACAAGUAUGUCAUGAUGAGUUGGUUCAUCUUUGGAUGGUAG